UGGCCGUCUUCGGUUACUCCCUGGCCAUGUCCAUCGGGGGGAUCCUGGCGUCGCGUUUCCUUCACCAGUCCCUGCUGUUUGACAUCCUGCGUUCACCCAUGUCCUUCUUCGAGCGGACGCCCAGUGGCAACCUGGUCAACCGCUUUUCCAAGGAGAUGGACACCAUUGACUCGAUGAUCCCCAACAUAAUCAAGAUGUUCAUGGGUUCGAUGUUCAACGUGAUGAGCGCUUGUAUCGUCAUCCUCAUCGCCACACCGCUGGUGGCCAUCUUCAUUCCCUUCCUGGGCCUGCUCUACUUCUUCGUGCAGAGGUUUUACGUGUCGUCCUCUCGUCAACUGAAGCGUCUGGAGUCGGUCAGCCGCUCGCCCAUCUACUCUCACUUCAAUGAAACGCUGUUGGGCACCUCCGUGAUCCGAGCCUUCGGAGAACAGAAGCGCUUCAUCUCUGAGAGUGACCACAGGGUGGACCACAAUCACCAGGCGCACUACCCCAGCAUUGCAGCCAACAGGUCAGGGCUCUGCUCGGUUAAGGGGGGUGCAGUU